AGUGGACGCCUGGCGAUAACGUGAGCAUGCGAGCACGAGCACGCCAUUGAAUUUUCGGUAUUUCCGAUCUCAUCUCCACUUGAAACUAGUCGUCAGGUGGUCUUUCUCAGCUGUCAUGGGCGUCUCAUCUCCUCACCAGACGCUUCCACGCCUCACGAAGAUCCUCACCUUGUCGCUCUACGCCAUCCUCCCUCUCGCCCUCCUCUUCUACCUCUCCCCUUCUCCCAUCGCCGCCCCACCCUCCACUUCCACCUCGCCGCCCCACGGUGAGAGGCAGCAGGUGGUGAAGACCGCUACAGGGGCGCCGCCAGGAACCCAGGGGUCGAAACCGGCGCCGCAGUGCGACUACUCGGAGGGGGAAUGGAUUCCGAACGCGCCGGGGCCGCGGUACACCGGGACGAGCUGCGGCGCGACGAUCAAGCACGAGCAGAACUGCAUCGUGAACGGCCGGCCGGACACGGGGUACCUGAACUGGCGGUGGCGGCCGCGCGGGUGCGCGCUCCCGCCGUUCGCGCCCGCUGAGUUCCUGGAGCUGGUGCGCGGCCGGCACGUCGCGUUCGUAGGCGACUCGCUCGCGCGGAACCAGUGCGAGUCGCUGGUGUGCCUCCUCGGGUCGGAGUACCCCGUCGAGCUGGUCCUUGACGGCGGCGAGGAGCGCAAGUUCCGGCGGUGGGCGUUCCGGUCGCACAACGCGACGGUGUCGGUGUUCUGGUCGCCGUUCCUGGUGAAGGGCACGGAGAAGUCGUGGGCGCCGGGUGGGCUUGGCUACAACAGGCUGUACUUCGACCAGCCCGACGAGCGGUGGGCGGCGGAGCUCCCGGGCAUCGACGUGGUGGUGCUCUCCUUCGGGCAGUGGUUCCUGCAGUCGGCGAUGUACUACGAGCGCGGUGCGGUGAUCGGGUGCCACCACUGCCCGGAGCCGAACCGCACGGAGACGGGCUUCUUCGGCGUUUUCCGCCUCGCCGUCAAGAACGCCCUCCGCGAUGUCAUCGCCCGCUCCAGCGCCGGCCGGGAGAAGCUGGCAGUGCUGACUACGUUCUCGCCGGCGCACUUCGACGGGGAGUGGGACAGCCCGGACGCGUGCGCGCGCACGGAGCCGUACGCUCCGGGAGAGAAGGAGAUGUCGUACAUGCACAAAGAGAUGUGGCGGACGGGCGCGGAGGAGGCCACCGCGGCUGCCGUCGAGGCCAGGUCGCGCGGGUCCGCGGUGACGGUGGAGGCUCUGCAGGUGACGAGGCUCGCGGAUAUGCGCCCGGACGCUCACCCCGGCCCGUACUUCCAUCCCUUCCCGUUCGCCGGCGCCGGCGGCGAGAAGAAGAGGGAGCGGGUGCCGAACGACUGCGUGCACUCGUGCCUCCCCGGCCCCAUCGACACGUGGAACGAGAUCCUGCUGCAGAUGGUAAAGAGAUGGAGAGGUGCCUCCUCCUCCAGAUGAUAGUGAUACUGAAAUUCAAUCAUGGUUUUGUGCGACUAUCACUCCUAUAUUUUGAACCAAGGAAAGGAAAAUAAUUUUUGCAUGUGUCAAGAUUAUGCAGAAUGUUAGGGGUUUCUGUGAUUUUUUUUAAAAAAAUCAUUGAAAUUUUGAA